AACUUCUGACUGAUCGGGAGAGCAGGGAGCGUCUGGAAAGCCUGGUCGCGUGACUCCAUCCCUAAUGAAGGAUCUGCUCGCACGGCAUUCUGUUUAAAGCUGGACACACAGAACAGAAAGGAUCAGAUUGUAUAUUUGGGGGAUAACGUUGCUUCCCUGUGUGGAUGUUGGCUCCGUCUUUAUUUUACCCCCUCUGUGGAUGCUAUAGCGCACUAUGACGGUUUGAAUGAAGCUGUCUUUUUGGAUUUUGUCCGCGCCCGCAGCUGCUUCUGGGUGACUGCUCAGUCUUCAAUUGUGAACUCGUUUUAAUUUUCUGCCGUUAUCCUAUGAGCUCUCUUUUAUUUAUUUUAUUUGAAGUUGUAUUUCGUUUCGUCAGAAAAUGCCACAGUUUCCCUUGACUGUGUAUUAGCUAUUGAUGCCGACAGUUAGUGUGAGUUAAUUAUCGCGUAAAAAAGAAGUUGGGCGCAAAAAAGUUUUGGAGAAAGUCGAAAUGGCGAUGGUAGCGUGGAGAAACACCGAGGCGGUCGGGGACUCUCAGGGGACUCUUUCCUCCCCGGUGUCCCAGGUUGCACCUCUGUCUCUGCCCGGAGAGCUGACGGGACACAUGAACCCGGCGCCUUCUCUGGAAAUACCCCAAACAGCAGCUGCACCUCAGGGAGCACCGCCGCCCAAUCCGUCCGGCAACACUGUCGCGACCACCACCAACAAUAACAACAGCACCUCCUCUUCCUCCUCCUCCUCCUCCUUGUCCAUGGACAAACAGCAGAGCCAGCAGAUCGAGUGCAUCGUGUGCGGGGAUAAAUCCAGCGGGAAGCACUACGGACAGUUCACAUGCGAGGGAUGUAAGAGCUUCUUUAAACGCAGCGUCAGGAGAAACCUGACCUACACCUGCAGGGCCAACAGGAACUGUCCCAUAGACCAGCACCACCGCAACCAGUGCCAGUACUGUCGCCUCAAGAAAUGCCUCAAAGUCGGCAUGAGGAGAGAAGCUGUCCAGAGAGGCAGAAUACCAACCCAGUCAUAUCACGGCCAGUUUGCUCUGACAAACGGGGAUCCUCUGCAGUGCCACUCCUAUCUGUCGGGGUACAUCUCUCUGCUGCUGCGGGCCGAACCCUACCCGACCUCCAGGUUCGGCUCUCAGUGCCUGCAGAACAACAACAUCCUGGGCAUUGAGAACAUCUGCGAGCUGGCGGCUCGGAUGCUCUUCAGCGCUGUGGAGUGGGCCCGCAACAUCCCUUUUUUCCCGGACCUGCAGGUGCCGGACCAGGUGGCUCUUCUUCGCCUCACCUGGAGCGAACUAUUCGUCCUGAACGCCGCCCAGUGCUCCAUGCCCGUCCACGCCGCCCCGCUACUGGCCGCUGCUGGUCUCCACGCAUCCCCAAUGUCUGCUGACCGGGUGGUGGCCUUCAUGGACCACAUCCGGGUCUUCCAGGAGCAGGUGGAAAAGCUGAAGGUGCUGCACGUGGAUUCGGCGGAGUACAGCUGCAUCAAGGCCAUCGUGCUGUUCACCACAGAUGCUUGUGGUCUAUCAGAUGUGGCCCAUGUGGAGGGUCUCCAGGAGAAAUCGCAGUGUGCUUUAGAGGAGUAUGUGAGGAGCCAGUAUCCCAACCAGCCUAACAGGUUUGGGAAGCUGCUGCUUCGCUUGCCUUCCCUCCGCAGCGUCUCUUCUUCUGUCAUAGAGCAGCUUUUCUUCGUCCGUCUGGUGGGGAAAACACCCAUAGAAACUCUGAUAAGGGACAUGCUGCUUUCUGGUAGCAGCUUCAACUGGCCUUACAUGCCUAUUCAAUAGAGAAUAAAAGCUGCUGUGGUGCUACUAAGGUCAGGAAGGGUCCCACUUUUCAAAUCAAGUCAUUUCAAAUAGUAAAACCUCUGUUGAUUUAAACAAGAGAAAAAACUGCCAGUGGAAUUAAAUUCUCUAAAGUAUCUUAAGGGUAAAAAUGUAAUUUAAUUUGCUUUUUUCAUCAUACCAGAGGUGUUACCUGCCUUAUUUUCCAUUAUGCCCCUGCGCUUUUAGAGGGGUCCACAAAAUACAGGAAAUCUACCAACGACAAAAUGAUCUGACUGCACUGGCAGAAAUUUUCACUUGUUUAAAGAGAACUAAUGUCAUUAAACGAAAUGACUGGUUACGAUGGACAUCUUUUUGCGGUGUGGUGACCUCUCACAGUCUAUGGUUUUUGGGAUAACAAACAAUAUUUAUUGGACCUGUGUGUAUAUUUAUCGUGCUUGUAAAUUAUGUUUUGGAUCCUUUUUGUUUUCUUUUUUUUUUUUCUUCUUUUUUUUAAUGUUUUACAUAUUUUUACCCCAGCUAGUGAGAAAACUGCAGGGAUCGUCUUGUGUUGAUCUGUUUUUUGUUGUUGUUGUUGUUUUCAUACCUUCCAGACAUAGCACUUUGGACUAAAGGAACAUUUCAAAAAGAUUUAAUAUGAUUGUUUGAAACCCGACUUCUUCUGACUUCAGCCUUUUUGCUCGGUUGCAUAGAGACAGAAAGGUGAGAUUGAUGCUUUGUAUUAGUUACUUUGUUUUCUUAUUCUGGUUUUCUUAUUGACAUGCAAAGAAUGAGAACAGCAAAAACAUUUCAGAACUGCACUUCUCAUGCUCAGUGUUCGGUUGCGCCAAGCGUUAGUCAUUUCUUCGUUAUACUUCUUGGCUAAUACGAUUAUUUCCCUUUUGCCAUAAUGUUCCAGUUAAACUCUUUAAAAUCCUAUUUCAAAGCAAUUUAUCUCUCCCGGAUUUUUGUCACACUUCAACUUUUCGGUUUUUUCUCAUUUGAACUGAGAGGCUAAUCAUGACGGUGAGCUGACUGUUGGAUAGCUUAAUCCAAUAUUUUUUAUAUUUAGAGGGGUUAAAGUUCAAAUCGUAUUCCCCCAUGACAGGUAAGAAGAACACGAAUGACACUACGAGAUUAAGGACAAAUGCAUUACCAAAUACUUCUAAUGAAUUUAUGUUUCCUGGACUUUUACACUGACUUCCUCAGAGAUUUUUAAGAGCACUGGGUCUAUAAUAACUACAAUCUCUUAAUUUCCCAGGCCAAGAAACAAAUUUAUUUCAGUAUAACUCAUGCAUUAAUGAGCCCAGGCCACUUAAUGGCACAACAGACCACUGCAGGGUAUUGCUGAAUUUAGAGUGUAUGUGCAUGUGUGUGUGUGUGGGUGUGUGUGUGUGAGUGUAUUUGUGUUUACUUCUUUUUGACAACCACUCUGAUGUACUGUGAAAGCAUAUUGGUUAACAUAUUGGUACCGUAUUAAAUUAUAACUCAAGAUUUA